CCAUAACAGAGGCAUUUGACAGAGAACCUCUUUGCAGGCAGAGGACCGUUCACCAGCCGCACUCAUCUUCAGUGUGGCUAAGUUGACAGAACAAUGGCAAAGGCUCUAUUCGCGGUGCUGUAUCUCGUCAUUUUAGGCAACGUUGCAUUCAUCCAUGCCGCGUUUCCUCCAAGCCUUAUCGUCGACAUGGUAAAUAUCGUCUUAAACAAUUACUGCUCGCCAGAGAAGCUGGCAGGGUUGAAGGAGGCCAUCGCCGCAGCCAGCGGCAAUACAGAGAUCCUCAAUAUUCCAGAUGGUGAGUCUUUGUCUCGAGUUCUCAGCGCUGGACUCCAAACCACAAUAGGUGACCCACGCUUGAAGAUCACCUACGAGCCAGACUUCGUCCCUGUGGUUGCACCACAAAUGCCCGCCCUGCCCCCUGAACAGCUGGUCGCCAUGCUCCAGAAUGCCAUUAAGCUGGACAUAUUGGAGGGCAACAUCGGGUACAUGAGGAUCGAUCACAUCCUCGGGGAGGCGGCUGCUGACAAGAUCGGCCAGAUGCUGGUGGACUUAGUCUGGAACAAAGUUCUGCCCACUUCAGCUCUAAUCUUUGAUUUGCGCCACACAGUCAGCGGGGACAUCACGGGACUGUCCUAUAUUGUUUCGUACUUCACUGCAGCCGAAUCUGCGAUUCACAUCGACAGUGUGUAUGACCGUCCUUCAAACACCACCACGAAGCUGCUGUCUAUGGCCAAGCUGUUGGGCGAGAGAUACGACACGACCAAACCUCUCAUCAUCCUCACGAGCAAGAACACCAAGGGCAUUGCCGAAGAUGUCGCAUACUGCCUCAAGAACAUGAAGAGGGCCACCGUUGUUGGAGAGAAGACCGCCGGCGGCUCUGUCAAAAUCGAUCAAUUCAAAGUGGGCGAUACGGAUUUCUAUGUGACUUUGCCCACCGCAAAGUCCAUCAACCCCAUCACUGGUUCAACCUGGGAGCAAACGGGCGUCACCCCUGAUGUUCAAGUCCACGCAGAGGACGCCCUCGCUACAGCCAUCAAGAUAGUUCAACUCCGCGUCCAGGUGCCAGGCAUCAUUGAGGGAUCGGCAGCCCUGAUUGCUGACAACUAUGCCUUUGAGGAGACCGGUGCUGAUGUUGCGGCAAAGCUGAAAGGGCUCCUUGAGAAUGGCGACUACAGCGGGAUUGUCUCCAAGAGCGGCCUUGAAGAGAAACUGUCCGCAGACCUGAAGACCCUAUCUGGUGACAAGAACUUGAAGAUCACCAGCAACACCCCAGUCCUGCCCCCCAUUAAUUUUACUCCGGAGAUGUACAUUGAUCUCAUCAAAGUCUCCUUCCACACGGACAUUUUCGAGAACAACAUUGGCUACCUGCGUUUUGACAUGUUCGGAGACUUCGAGGAGGUCAAGACCAUUGCCCAGAUUAUUGUGGAGCACGUAUGGAACAAAGUUGUCAACACUAAAGCAAUGAUCAUUGACCUCAGGAACAACCUCGGGGGCCCUACAACGGCGAUCGCUGGCUUUUGCUCUUACUUCUUUGACGCCGACCAGCAGAUUGUACUGGACAAGCUGACAGACAGACAGUCUGGCACCACUACAGAACUCCACACACUGCCUGAACUCACGGGUACAAGGUACGGGUCCAAGAAGAGUGUGAUCAUCCUGACUAGUGGCGCAACAGCCGGGGCGGCAGAGGAGUUCGUCUUCAUCAUGAAGAGGCUUGGCCGUGCUAUGAUAGUGGGAGAGCCCACUUUUGGUGGAUGCCACCCCCCCAAGACCUUCCAAGUCGGUGCUAGCGACGUCUUCCUGAGCAUCCCCACAGUGCACUCUGAUGCUACCUUGGCGCCGGCCUGGGAGAGAAGUGGCAUUGCACCUCACAUACCCGUCUCAGCGGCGGCGGCCCUCGAAACAGCGAAGGGCAUUUUAAACAAGCACUUGGGUGCUCAGAAGUGAAUCGUAUGAAGGUUCGCUUCUGCUUUGAACAAAUUGUUGGAUUUCGACUUGUUCGGAGAGAAAGAAGAGAAUGCUAUUGUAUUUUCGCCUACUUAGUCUCUUCGUGACAUAGAGCAACGUUUUAAAAGCAUUUUGUGGAUGACAGCAUUUCAAAAACCGGCACUAAGUCUGACUGAGAGCGUUCUUGGUAUUUCUAAAUGGAUACUUUAAAUUGGGAAAGGUAAACCCCCUUCUCACAAAAAAAAAUCAUUUUUCAUCUUUGUGUGUUGAAAACACCCAGUGUCCAUUUUGUGCAUUCUGAUGGUAACUUUAUGAGACGAAAACCUAUUUGGCCAUCUGUCCCUGUUGCGAGACCAAAUAAAAAUAUGAAUGAAA